AUGUGCCUGCGCGAAAAGCAGACUGGCGGCUGGCAGAACCGGAUUGUGAAUGGACAGGAGAUGGCAGAAGGAAGUGACGGAUCAGGAAGUGAGCUUGAGAUGGAGUAUGGUGGCGGGAGGGACGAAGGCUGGAAUGUUGUGAAAGGGGGGAAAGCUAAGCGUAAACGCAAAGAAAGGGAACAGAAAGGAAGGACUUCAGUGUCAGAAGAGACAGAUAGUGAACAAGCGAAAAAAGGUGAGGAGGAGCACAAAAUAAUAAUUACACUGGAACAAGAAGGUGCGUCAUUUGGGGAGUGGAACCCUGUUCGCAUCACUAAAGCCAUAAAUAAACAAGUGGGAGAAGUGAAAAGUGCGAAAGUUUUGCGCAGUGGAGCAUUGCUGGUUUUCUGUAGAGAUAGUGCGCAGUUGGGGAGAGCGAUCAGGCUGAACAAAAUUGAGGGGAAAAAAGUACUAGCAACGCUAGCUAAGAGUGGAGGUGGUCUCGCUCGAGGAGUGAUCUUUGGGAUUCCGGAGCCGUUGGUGGAUUUUGGCAUUCAGACCAAACUCAAGAAGAAAUCAGGACAAAAUGGUGGCGGCAAUGCACCUAUAAGUUGGAUGCCAGCCGCCAAUUAA